AUGACGAUGCGUCUGUUUUUGGAUAGCAAAGACCUGAACACAGAGGGUUUGGGGAUGCUGUGCGGAAAGCACACGAAAGGACGAGGCCAGAGUUCCGGGCGGAGAACUGGGAUCGGGCGCCAGGCUCCGAGGUGGGCGGGGAGGCGAGCACCGGAAGGGGCGGUGCUUUGGGCGGGGCCUGAGCGGGGCUCUCGCGAGAGCAGUGGAGAGCGGAAGCGCAGUGUGUACAGGAUGCGGUUCCUAGCUGCGUUGCUCCUGCUGAGUGUCGCAGUGGCGGCCCAGCCGCCUGCGUCGCCGCCAGUCCCGAAACCAAGUUCCAGCACCGGGCAACGGACGGCUGCGCCUCAGUCACCUGCGGACGGCGGCGCCUGCAGCCCCUCCCCCGCGACCCCGCUGUCUCGUUCGGGAGAUCCGCGGCCUCGGUCGGGGGAGCCACCCGCGGGAGCAGACCGAGGCCCGUCGGAGGCGCGCGGGCAGCCGCCCCCGAAACCACAGCCUCACAAGUCGGAAGCGCAGCAGCCCCCACAGAACCCAAACUCUGACAGUUCGCGAGCUCUGCAGCAGUCCUCCCGGAAGCUAGCGCCCCCCAAGUCCGAGGCGCCGCAGUCUCUGAAGCCAAACCCAGACGGGUCGGAGUUGAAAGAGCAAACCCCCAAGAACGCAGAACCUGGCACGCUAGAGGCCCAGGAGUCCCCAAAACCGGACUCCAGCAGGGCCGAGGCGCCGCAGUCCACUCAACCAGACCCAGACGGGGCGCAGGCGCGGCAGCCGCCCCCAGGACAAGACCCCGGUAGGUCCGAAGAGCCGCAGACCGCAAAACCAAACCCCAGCAAGGUGGACGCGGUGCCGCAGUCCACACAAGAAGGCUCCAAGCGCGUGUCCAACCCCUCCGCUGGCAGCAAGGGCGGCCCGGAGAUUGAAAAAACCCAACUGCCUGAGAAGGGAGAGACCUCGCCCCGCGCGUCCCAGGCUGAAGAGACAGUGGACUCCAACCCCUCUGGUCCCGGGCAGGAGGGAGAAGACAAAUCUGCAGAGACUGUUCAAGAUGUGGACGUCAAGGAGGCGGAAGAAGGCGAUGCAGGGGCGGAGGAGGGAUCGCCUCCUGAAGAAGAGAAAGGAAAGAUGCCAGGGCCUGCCUCCAGUGAAACCCGGGAAGGGACACUUUUGGAUUCCGUGAAUAGUGAGAAGGGCGACCUUUAUAAUACCCCUAGAAGUGCCAGUGCGGAGAGCAGCCACUUCUUCGCGUAUCUGGUGACCGCAGCCAUUCUUGUCGCUGUCCUCUAUAUUGCCUAUCACAACAAGCGGAAGAUUAUUGCUUUUGCCCUGGAAGGAAAAAGAUCCAAGGUCACUCGGCGACCCAAAGCCAGUGACUACCAGCGUUUGAACCUCAAGCUUUGAUUUGUAACUACAAGAACCUUGUCCUCCCUGCUGAUUUGUUUCCGAAUCAAGAAAAAUGAAGAAAAAAGCAAUGUGACCUCGGGGUUUGAUGGCAGAAGUCUGGCAGAGGUGGGGGCCGUUGCUUUGGGUUUGGCACCUGGAGUUUGGUGGUGUUGUACUUCUGCGUGCCCUGUGUUUACGCUGACGUGAUCCAUCCAUCCGUUCCUUCUCCGACUGUGAGCUGAGGGAGCGUGUGGAAACACGGCUGAGACCAAAGGGACGCCCCAGGCUGCGCUGUUGUCCACUGUCCCCUGACCUUGGCUGUGUGGCCGUGUAGUGAAGUUAGCCCUUGACCACGGCACUGCCCUCCCCGCAGUUUCUCUGCAGAUGUAGGAGGGCUGCAGGCAGAGGCGCCGAAGGUCUCAGGGUGUAGAAGAUGGUGAAGUACUGGAGGGCAGAGGGCUACUAAGAGCACAUGAUUCUCUUCAGAGGCUUCACCAGCAACCCAGAGCAGCGGGUUAAAAAGUGCUUUAUUGCCUGCAGGUCCAACUCACUUAGCGUAAGUCCUCCCCGUUUUUCUGACUUCAUAUCACUUGGGACAAAGUGCGUCAGCUUCUGUUCGGUAGCACUGAACACGAACCUGAGCCUGAGGCUUCUGUAGGCGGAGCUGCUGUUCCUUUCGGGAUUUUGAGAAAUACGGCUGCAUGUUGAAAGAGGAACUUCUUUGCAAAGGGCAGAUUCACACUCUGCACAAGAAAACGUAAGAGGGUUUUGGCCCGGAUUCUUCUCAAAGGGCUUUUAUGAAACAAGUUUCCCACAAACUCCCAUUUUGUUUUUAUUGCCUAAAAUAAAACAGAUUUAUAUUUAGAAACUUAACUGCCCUGUCUGCCCAUUUUACCUUAAUCUUAAUGGUCCUUUCAUCUGAGAUGCCAAGGAUAAUUAGUAAAAAUUCUCCUGCUAUGCCAUGUCAAGGGUCAUUAAAUUUAAGAAACCCAGUGGGCUCCCCUGGGGUACCUUAGAGUAGUGUCUUGGAUCACACCUUGAAGUUUUAUUUCAGUCUGUUCUACUCGUGCUGCCCCAGAAUUGAGAGAGAGAGAGAGAGCUGUAGCUCAGCUAAUCUCAGGGACGUGCCAGGAGUGUGGGAGGGUGGAGAUAGAUCCACUGUGCCGUGGAGGAAGGCAGUCUGAAGAGAACAGCCUGCCUGUCAGCUGCCCACUGGCUGACUGCAGCCCAGGGCACGGAGUUGAAGUGUCCGUUCUUGGCCGGUAGUAUACUUGCUGGGGCUAAGGGGUGGGCGCAUACUCGCCUUGGCAUCGUUCCCUCUGCUUGUGCAGUCUUCAUGUUACUUCCUUCCGACCAGAGGAAUCCUCUCAGGCUCCUCCAGCAUUCCCUUGGACACUAGUUAUUUUAUUCCCCGCUCUGUCUGCCUUUCCCUGUGUGCCCUCUAGCGUUUUCUGUUGGUGCCCGUCUACACUAGCACCUUCCCUCUGGCCCUCCUGUGUGCCCAGAUUUCCCCAGCUCCCACCAGUGCCGUUUGUCAUGCCACUCUUCCGCUGCUCCCGAAGUGUCGCUUCUGUUACUUUGCCAUUCGUUCUCUUCGUGGUUUUUGCAUACAUACUCACCGUGGUCCCUGUUUCCACAGUUAGGCAUUUACCAGGUCACCAGAUCCAAUGGCUUGUUCUCAGUACUUCAUAGAAUCGGAUGCUGCUGACCACACGUGUGGACACCUCCCUUUCUUGGUGUCUCUGACUCUGACCUGUGCCUUUUCCUCUGCUGGAGAGGAAGAGAUUCUCAGAGCCAGGUUUCCAUUCCUUUCACUGUCUCUUCAAAAACGCAUCCAUUUCUCAUUCUCUAAAGAGCCUUCUCUUUUUAUCUUGGCCUACUUCCCAAAGAACUGAGGCCUACGAUAUGCCAGGUGGUUCAGCUAGGAUAUCCUGUUGUCUCUCCAAAUUGGAUUUCUCUCUUCUACCUAUUGAACUCCUCUCAACUGCCCAUAUUUCCAGCUACAAUCUGCCUUUGCAUUCGCCUUGCUUCCCCUGUUCCACACUCCCAACCAUUUUACCUUUCUAUUGAGUAUUUUUUUCAGGAAUCAUUUUAAUUGGUUCUCCUGUCCAUCAUUUCAGAAAGAUAAUCUUGGAAACACUGAUGUUUCCAGAAACAGACAGAAGCCUCUGUCUGGACCUUUCAUGGCUUAAAGAGGAUCAAGUUAUGAACUAUGGCAUUCAGGACUCUGCAUAACGACACCUUCCUGUCUCUUGCUGCCUCUCACGGAAGCCAAAGCUCCCUCGUGUUGGGUGUCCACCUUUGACUGUGCCUUUAUCCUUACUCUUGCAUUUCCCAGCCUCCCAUAGUUCUUUAGGUUUUCUCCCAUCUUUUGCUGUCCCCAAAUCCCCAUUUGUUCAGGGCCCAGCCUGUUUUCCAUCCCUUCCUGACUACCCCCGCCACGAGAUUGGCUCAUUCGUUUCUACUCCAGCAGCUCUUAGUAAUACCACUUGCUCAUUUUGGAACUUCAGUGGGACAGGGCAAUCAGUGUGUGCUUUCACUCUGGUCUCCCCGAGAAAUCCUCGCUCUGGAGAGACAGCCCUUGGCACCGUACCGCUGCUAGCAUAGUGACAUUCCUUAGGCACGUCAGGAGUUGUCCCCUUGUGUGGCUUCAGUGAGGAAGAACAGCUUUCUGGCUACUGGAUGCUGUGACCUCACACGUGUUGGCUUUUGCUCUUAAACAGAACAGGAAGAUAAGUUGGUCUCAGAAGCCAGGAAGGUUGGCGAGUGUCGCGGAGUCCACAGGGCUCAACGCUUUGAGGCCCUGAGAAGUAGCACUACUUGUGCCGGAAGUGCACUGGAGGAAGUCUCUCCCACCAAAGGAAACCUGCGGUGCGGAUGAGCGUGGGCUGGCUGGAAGCACACAGGGCCACUGGCUCCCUGCAGACAGCGUGGGCGUCCUCUCCUGCCCCUGCUUGGGUUGAAGGGCAAUUCCUGCUGGGGGGUAUCAGCCUGGAGUCACGCAUGUUGAUAGAACUUGUUUUCUUGCUGCAGAUUACUGAGUAGAUUAUUUAGCGUUCUGGAUUCUGGCAGGUUGAAGGCCAGAACAUCUAGAAAGGCUCACACCACUCAGAAAAAAACCUGACAAGUAAUUGUAUGUACUGACAUUCUUUUUCUCCACGAUGGCUCUUCAUGAAACAGUGAUAGAGCCCCAUACCUGCAAAAUUCCCCGUGGUUAUGUUCAUUUCCUUCUCCAGUCCUUGUUUUCACAGGGUAACUUGGUACAUGAUGCCGGAUGUGAAGAGAGCUAGAGCACUUUAUGCAUGUUCCGAAACGUUUGAACGUGGAGGGAGGUGUGCCGUACACCAGACCUGCGGUUCCACCGGGCUGGUUCCCGAGAACCCUUGCUGGGAAGGUUGAGUUCGGCACUGCCUUGCUUCAGGGUGCCGGAAAGCAAUUUUUUGAGAUUUAAUGUUAACUGUUCAUCCAGAGCUAAUACUGACAUUCAACUGUAAAGGGUUCAGGUCUGAGCUGUAUAGUGUGGAAACUGCCAGCAAAGCCAGCCUCCUUACGCUCUUGAUAGAUUGUCCUGUAAUUCAUGAGAGACCACGUUACAUGAACAUUUGAUUGUUGAAAUUGUUUCCCUUCUGUUUGCCUGAUUAGUAGAUUGCCACUGUUUAGCUAUGGUUUAUAUUUUUAGCUUUUUGUAACUUAAUUUUAUAUUUUUUUAAAGCUUAUUGUGGUCUAAUAAGUAUUUUUCAGUAUGUGACGUUUUACUGAGCUUCUGUAAAUGCCGUCACUGUAGUUUUGUGUUAUUGAACAGAAACCAAAAUAAAUUUCAGAUAUCAAAACAA